AUGACAUUACUAAGCAGCAUUCAGAACCAAGAACUCCAGCGCAGCUCUAAUGUCCCUCCCGUCUUCCCGUCGCACACGUGACACAAACAGGAAGCGGAGCAGCUGGCAAUUGUCGCCGCUACCAUUGUCGCUAUGGCACCGGAUCCUUGGUUGGCCACUUAUGAUGAUACAUACCACCUGGCGCAGGAGAUCGCUGAAAAACUCCAUGAGCGGAACCAAUAUCUGAGGAAUGGAGAAAACCCUGUAAAGAUUAAUGUUACUCUUAGGACCCUCAUGCAGAAUCUGAAUGGGAAGAUUGGGCAGUUGAAGGAAUCCUUGCUCCGUUCGGUAUUUACUCGCCAAAUCACUCAACUGGAAGGGGAUCGAAGGCAGAAUCUAGUGGACGAGCUUCUGACCAAAGAGCAGCAGCUUCAGAUGUCUUUUAAAAGGGAAGGGGUGGAGCCUGAUGUGGUGAGGUCAAGUCUCAUGGCUGGAGGCGCAGGAAAUUCUCGAAGUAACCCUUGGGUCUUGGAGGAGCCAGAGGAGACUCAAGGCUUCACCUUCAGGGAAAUAAAGCAACAGCAGCAGCAGAUCAUAAGAGAACAAGAUGCCGGCUUGGACGCUCUCUCCUCUAUUCUUGCCCGACAGAAACAGAUGGGCCAGGACAUUGGGAAUGAGCUGGAUGAACAAAACGAGAUCAUCGAUGACCUGACCACCUUGGUGGACACAACAGACUCGAAGAUCCGCAACCAAACCCGACACAUUAAACUGGUGGACAAGAAAUCUACCUCUUGUGGGAUCCACCGAGAAUCAACUGAAAGAUGAUGGCAAACAAAACACAAGAAGGAAGUAUAACCCCUGGGUCAGGAGUCUCUCUCCAUAUGAUGGGUUUUUAUUACUGGGAAAAGACGGCCAGACACUGGGCUGUGGGAUAGACUGCGGAACUCACAAUCAAACGCUUUUCUUUCCUUUCGUUUACCUGCUUACUUAUUUUCAGGCAGACAAUAUAAUUCGAGUAGGAUGUCCCAAGGGCCCCAAACACUGGCCAAUAAGCUGCUGAUUUGGCCUGAGGGGACAGCUUUACAUUGCUCUGUGGCCCCUAGCUGAGAUCAUAACUUUAUUUUUACUUUUGCUUACUGGAUGACGUGGAAUUUGGGGUGUAAGUAUUUAUGAUAUGGCAUCUUUCCCAGUCAAGCCGCCAUGCACAACAGUGCUCCGCAGCAUUAACACCUAAUCAGUGCAAAGCUCCGCCAAUGUACAUUGCAGGUCACGAAUACCCCAGAUGCUGGGCCAUUACAAACUGAAUUAUGUGAGUCUUUUAUCCUAGGGCCCAUCGCCUCUAAAUGGCCCAGCCAGGGCAGCAGCUGUCUUUGGAGGUGAUGGUGCCCUGGCCCAAAAUUGCCCUAAUGCUCUUCAGCUAUAUUCAUCCUAUAGAAGUGAAUGGUGCAGCGGCCAUCUUGGAUUCUUCUCUAGAAUGGUUCUCACAGACCAGUUUGUGUUAUUAACCCUCAUUAUACUGGAAGGUGUGCUUGUGUGAUGUUUCAGCAUCCCUGGCAAUUUGAGCACUCAUUCCUGGCAUUGAUGUAUGAAUGACCGCUUCUCCUUUGUGCUGGAUGAUGGAAAAUCAGUCUGUACUGGCUGUUUUUGCUGAACUUGGUUGCACUUGCUGAAGGCCAGGAGAGGAGAACAAAGAGUUGGCUGCUGCACAGGGGCCUGUGUUUUGUUCUCUCACUAGAUAAUUAGAUUUUUUUAUAUUAGUAGUAUUUCUUUAUAAAUGUAUUUUAUAUAAAUCACAACAUUCUAGUAUUUGCAGCAUCUGACUAUUGGCUCAGCUGAAUACCGUAGGCUCAGUGGCACCUUCUGGGUAUGUGAUGCCAGGAAUGUGGCUACAGGGGUGGCGGCACCUUGCAGGGAUUUCUGGAAGAGUCUGAAGGACUAAGGAGCAAGGUCGCUGAUUACGAGAAGUGUUUAUAUGGUAAAGGAUUAGGGGUUAAAGGAACAGCAACAUCAAAAAAUUAAAGUGCUUUAAAGUAAUAAAAAUAUAAUGCAGUGUUGCCU